AAUAUGUAAAUUGAAUAUGUUCUCUGUGCUUACACCAGCCCACUGUUAAAAAGAAACCUGUUUGUGCAGCUAGCUAUAAAAGACAUUGAGACAGAAAAGAAGCAAGUUAUUUUAUAACGUCAGUGUAAAUCCAGACAUACAAGAAGGAAUUAACAUCUGAGUGAACACUGCAAUAGAUAUUUCAGCAGCCAAUUUUUUCCAGAUUUUCCAUUAAAUUAAAAAUUGUAAGAUGAAAUUGUGUUACGGACAAUAUUACAUGGACUAAAGAAGCAGAAACUUGAUUUCUCUUUUUGAAGCACUAACAGAUUCUUCUGCCACAGUACUACAUACCAGGGAAACUAGGAAAACGUGCCCUCUCACCGGACUACUUUGAUAAGACUUGACAUCUAUUCAAAAGCCUGCAAUGAAGCAACGCCAUAUUCUUGUUUUCAGUUUUCUUUUAGUAGCAAUGAUUAUAUUUUUGGUGCAUCACAGGUUUGUCAAGAUCCCCACAUUUAUAUAUCUGAAGUCAGACUGUGAUAAGAUGACAAAAGAAGAGACAGAACUUCAAAAGGAAAUAAAGAAAAUCUUCAAGAAAGUAGACAGUUCAAUUCCAAAGAUCAGCUUCACUCACUUUAAUAACACAACCAGUGCUAAGAACAGCAAAGCUACCAUUAUAAAUCCUAAAGAUAAGUACUGUGUUGGAGACUCCUUAACUGUCCAAGUUGAUAUGUUUGAUCAUUUGGGCAAAAGGAAGACCUAUGGAGGAGACUUCAUGACAGCAAGAAUAUACUCUCCUGAUGUUAAAGCCAGUGCAUCGGGGAGAGUAGAAGAUCUAAGAAAUGGCAGCUAUCACAUACAUUAUACUCUUUUCUGGCAGGGUACUGUGCAAUUUUCAAUCCUUAUGGUCCAUCCCAGUGAAGCAACUUCAGCUUUAUGGCAAGGGAGAAACAGAGGCCAUGGCUAUGUAGCCUACACAGGAAGCUUUGUAUACAAAGGCAAUGAGGCAAAGGUAAAGUGUGGAUUUGACCUAAAUCAAACACAUGAAUUAUGUGAAUAUUCUAAUCUCAAAGAAGAGGAACAUUUUUAUUGUGAAAAACCUGUGAAUAUUCCAUGUGGGUCCCUGAGGCAAAUGAUGAGUGUUUUUGUAGACUCUCACACGUAUCUAAGUGAAGCUGAAAAAUAUCUGUUGGACAGAUCUAAUAUCCGUGUUGAAAUCCCGAAAAAUUUUGAGAAAAUUUCUGUUUCUCUUUGUAGUGGAAAUAUAACAGAAGAAAAGAAGAAAUGCAGCUCUGGAUUGAACUAUACUUUUCCCAGUGGCUAUUUCUACCAGAAUAUGUGGAACCUCCAGUAUUGCAGUAUAGUGAGAUAUCGCAACAUGAACAGUAUCAAUGAAUGUUUGAAAGGAAAAAUAGUAUAUAUGACAGGAGAUUCCACAAUGCUUCAGUGGAUGACUUACAUCAGUAACCAUGUCAAUAGUCUUAAGGCAUUUAACCUUUAUAAUGAAAACUGGCCAAUGACACGUUUAUUUGUGGACUUGGAAAGAAAUAUAAAAAUAGAAUGGAGAAAACACACAAACCCUUUCAUGAUGCUUGUUUUUCAUACAUUUAAGGAGGAGUAUACGAUUCCUGAUCAAAUUGAUCACAUUGGUGGUAACCAAAAUACAGUCUACAUAUUUACUCUAGGAAUGCACUUCCGUUUAUUUCCUUUAGAACAUUACAUCCGAAGGGUCCUUAAUAUAAGACGGGCCAUUGAACAGCUACUUUUACGAAGUCCUGAAACUAAAGUUGUUGUUAAAAUGGAGAAUACCAGUGAAAUUGAUGCAAGGAUAGAAAUGAUGAAUGAUUUCCAUGGCUAUGUGCAAUAUUCAAUACUAAUCAAUAUGUUUCAAGGCCUUAAUGUUGCCGUGGUAGAUGCUUGGGACAUGACUGUUGCUUUUGCAAGUGAAAAUACCCAUCCGUCAGAAGACGUGAUAGCCAGUGAAGUGGAUUGGUUACUAAGCUAUUUGUGCUAGUAAAAUCUGGAAAUUGCCUAAUAAGAUGUUGACAUACCUAAAAAACUUGAAGGACAACCAAACUACAACAUAUAUAUAUAUAUAUAAAUAUAAGUAGAAUAUGCUGCAAACGUCUGUAUUGAGUCCACUUAUUGGAUUUGCAGAAUAAUGGCUUGGGGGUGGGCAUAGUAAGCAAUGUAUCUGUGUUUGCUAAUGACAUAAAACUUUUAUGCACAAUUUAAUCCAUCCAAGUUGUGGAUUUAACGUUGAUAAAUGUAAAUUUGUGAUUUAAAAAUAUGGAGGCCAUUUAAACUCUUAAUCAGGCUCGGAUUUCUGGAAAGGCCACAAAGGCCCGGGCCUAGGGCAGCAAGAUGUUUAGGGGCAGCAAGCAGGCAGCCCUAACAUCUAUAUAACUGUCCAGUCAGCCAAAACACCCACCCACAGCACACUAUGUAACUGACUGUCUGUGUGGUAUGGUACUGUAAAUUUAUAUUCAUGAUUGCCAUUUCCACAAUGCCACCCCUACACAUGCCCACAUGCUUUAUUAAAUCUUAUAAAUAUGACCCCUUGUCUGGAGAAAAGGAAAUCACUGUGUAUCUGUCUGUCCACACAUGCGCACACAGCAUUGUGAUGUCACUCUGAGCACGGCCAGGCCCAGACAUACACCACCGGUUCUCUUUUGUCUGUGGGCAGCACAGCAGCUGUGGAAAACAAGGCAGGAUCAAGAAACCGCAAAGGAACAAUGGAACAAAGAGAAAGAGAAUGGGACCAAUACACAUUGCUGAGAAGACCACAGAAAAAGUUCUUAAUUUGUUGUCUAAAGUAUUGUCAGAAUUGCAUUUACAGGUGUUGAGUAAGGGUCUCUCCUUCUCCUAGUAGAAAUUUUGACAUAUUUGAAACAAUAUUAGAUGUUAAUCAAUUUAUUUGGAAGAUCGUCCUUAAAAAGUAUUUUUUGCAGGAAAAGAACAACACAUGCUCAGAACCAAGAAUUGAAGAGAAGGAUAAUAGGACACUACUAAAUUUUAAAUAAAAGCACCUUCUACCCUACUCACUUUAGGGGCCUCUAAUAGAGGGUGCUCUGACUGUAAUCUGACUAGGGAAGAAUGGGGUGCUCUUAAAGAAUUGAAAGAUGAUGACUCAAUUGUCAUUAAACAUGCAGAUAAAGGGGGGUUUGUAGUGGUUUUGGAUGUAGAAAUGUUUAGAACAGAAGCAUUGAAAUAACUUGAAGAUAAACAGCUUAUAGAUUGCUGAAAUUGGAUCCAACAAAUGAUUUCAUGAAGUUAACUAUCCUGGUAGACAGGUCCUGGAGAGAGGUUUAAUCAAUAAUUUAAGGAGAGGGAGUUUCUCAUCCCAUAGCACCCGGUCAUUCCAACGUUUUACCAUCUUCCGAAGGUGCAUAAAGCGCAAAGACACCCCCCCCCAUUGGUAGACCUACUGUAUCUGGCAUAGGAUCACUCAAUGAACAUCUUUCUGAGUGGGUCGAUGCACAGCUUCAGCCUUUGGUUCUAUGUUUAGAGAGCUAUGUACAUGAUACAACACAUGUUUUACAAAAACUCACAAACACAAGUCAGUUGGGGAGGUGGAUAUGGAUGGGCCACAUUAGAUGUGACCUCUCUAUAAUCAUCUAUCCCACAUGGGAAAGGCUUAGAAGCUAUCAAUUUAGUCAAUAUUCUAAAAGGUAUUUAUCCUUAAGGCAAUUCAGUAUCUUCUAGAACACAAUUAUUUCAUAUUUGAUUCAGAAUUCUAACUGCAGAGUUGUGGGACCACCAUGGGAGGGAAAUUCACGCCCUCCUUCGCCAACCUAUAUAUGUGUUGAUGGGAGGAGUCCCACCUCCCUGCAGAUUUGAGAAUUCAUUUAGUGCUAUAUGUUUGUUACAUUGAUGAUCUGCUUUGUAUUUGGCAAGUUCCAAGUGAGAGGUUCCAUAUCUUUGUCAAUUUGAUUAACAAUAAUAAUUUGAAUUGAUAUUUUACAGAUAAAUUCUCACAUAAGGAAAUUGAAUAUCUGAAUCUGAGAGUCAGGAGGAACUGUUCUACCGAUAUGAAAUAUUCCAUUCUAGCAGGGGAUAUGAAAGAUCGCUUUAGAGAACGAGGCUAUAGAGGAACUGACGUCGAGAAUGCAUGUGUGAGGGCAAAAAAAAACAUUAUUAAAGUCAAAAGCUAAAGGACAGGAUAGAAGCUGGGAGAACAAAAUAUCCUUUAUUACAAGAUAUAGUAGACAAUAUAAGAGGAUAGUGCAGAUAAUUAAAAAAAAUUCUUGCCAAUAUUAUAUGCUGACCGGGACUUCUUUGAGACUCUGGAACCAGGAAUUGGUUAGAAGAGCUCACACUCUAAGGGAUAUGUUAUCCCCAAAUCUGUUGAUUAAUAAAACUGGUAGUAGUAAACAUUUUUUUGAUGUGAAAGAUUGCUUUAAAUAUGGCAGCCGUCGCUGUGAACAUCUAGAGGUCUCAAAGGAAUUUCGGUCAUCAAUUACAAAUAAGAACUAUAAAGUACAGAGUUUUAUUAACUGUAAUAGUACAGCGGUGAUCUAUUUGGUUACCUGCCAGAAAUGUAUGUAUGACAUGUAUGUAGAAACAGUAUGUAGGAUGCACCAUGCGAACCUUGAAAGAUAGGAUAACAUAUCCUAACAUAUUUGUCAAAUUUACAAUACUAAAUAUUCACAUAAAAGUAAUAUCAAUAGGCACUUUGCAGAAUGUAACAAUAGUGAUAAAAAAAAAUUUUCAGUACAGGCAAUUAAACAAAUAAAAAUUGGAAGAGGGGAAGAGAGGAGGAGAUACCCUUACUUUUCUAAAUAAACGUGAAGUGUUCUGGAUUUUCUACCUGAAUACACGUAUACCUUUGGGGUUGAAUUUUACUUUUGAUGUGACUUGUUUUGUGUGAUUUUUAAGGUUUUAUGGUUUAACCCUGUGAUCUGUAUGUUUCAAGUUAAGAAAAUCUAAAUGGGAAUGGGACUAGUGAGGUGCCAUCUAGUGAUUGGUUUUAAUUUGGAGUGUGUUUUAAACUAUAUAUAUUUGUGUAAAUGACCAUUUUACUCUAAACCUAUGAUUAAGUGCUGGGUAAGCAUAAAACGCAUCAGGCUUUGUAUAUGGGGUUUAUUUUUAAUGGAGUGUAAUAAAGUUUAUAAUUUUUAACUUUUUGUAGUGCGGAUUUAUAUUUGGUAGCACAGCAGCUGGGCCUAGGGGGGCAAAAAAGGUAAAUCCGGCCCUGCUCUUAAUGGGAGUAAGUUGGGCAAAUCGUUGAUGGAGAAAGACCUGGGGGACUUUGUAGAUAAUAAACUUUGUUGUAGAAACCAAUACUAGUCCACACCUAGCAUAAUGUACAAUAAAUAGACUCACCCGCC